AUUGCUAAUGGUUGCCUUUUCAAUUGAAGAUUAUGUGUACCAUACUUUAGCGGCCAAAGCUAGUGGAGAACUGUGCUUAAAAUAUAUUUUUUCCUUUGGAGCAUUUGCGCGGAUGCCCCUCCUACACAGUGCGGCGGAGUGGAAAGUGCCAACCACUUUUAUUUAUGGCUAUCAAGAUUGGAUGAAUUAUGAAGGAGCUCAAGAAGCUCGCAAGCAAAUGAAGGUCCCUUGUGAAAUCAUCAGGGUUCCUCAGGGCGGGCACUUUGUGUUCAUAGACAACCCAAGCGGUUUCCAUUCAGCUGUUCUUUAUGCUUGCCGCCGAUUUCUCUCACUUGACCCUGAUACUGAGUCAUUGCCCGAAGGUUUGUCUUCUGCCUAGAGAAGAGAAUGUUGUAAUUAUUGUUCCAUGUACAAAUACAACUUGUCUUAUUGUAGUGGCACAUAGAACAUUCAUAUUUCAUUUAUCAAAUCUUUUCGAGUGUAUCUUUAUAUGAUUAUCUUGUGAAUGUAUCCUGCCUACCGGUAGUGUAUGGGUUUACAUGAAAAAUAAUGGAAGUGAUAUAGCAGAUUGAUUUCC